AUGGAAUGUAAUAAGGAUGAAGCUAAAAGGGCAAUGGAUAUUGCAGAGAAGAAACUCUCCGAGAAAGAUUGCGUUGGAGCCAAGAAAUUCGUUACCAAGGCUCAAAACCUAUACCCUCAACUUGAUGGUCUGAAUCAAGUGUCUACGAUGAUCCAUGUCUACGCCUCAGCAACAAACAAGAUCAUCGGAGGAAAAUUCCCUGACCUGUAUGGAGUGCUCGGCGUUGAUCCUCUCGCUGAUGAAGAAGCUCUGAAGAAACAGUACAAGAAACUGGCUCUUUUGCUUCAUCCUGAUAAGAACAAGUUUAGAGGCGCGGAAGGUGCGUUUAAGGUGGUUUUGAAUGUUUGGACUCUGUUAUCUGACAAGGCUAAGAGAGCUGCUUAUGAUCAGAGGAGGAAGUUAAAUAGUACUACUGGAAUGCAGAAACCAGAUUCACCAAGCCAACAACACAAUAAGCCUGCAGCAACUGCGUCUUCUUUUAACGUGAAUCAAAAUGCUAAAGCUACAAGUGAUCAGCCGCAGAGACCACCAACGUAUGCACCCAAGCCAGGUUCUUCUAGUGCCAAUCAAAAUGCUAACCAGCCUGCAAGUGGACCGCAGAGACCACCACCGUCGUAUGCACCCAAACCAGCUUCUACUAGUGCCAACCAAAGUGCUAACGCUAGAAGUAACCACCCUGCAAGUGGGCCGCACAGUCCACACAAACCAGCUUCUUCUAACGUGAAUCAAAAUGCUAGAUAUGGUAUGGAUCCAAAUGCUAAUAAGGCUGGUCCUGGUCCUGCUCCUGCUCCUACUUAUGCUCCUGGUCCUGCUCCUGCUCCUACUUAUGCUCCUGGUCCUGGUCCUGCUUAUGCUUCUGGUCCUGCUCCUGCUAAUGCUCCUGGUCCUGCUCCUGCCCGUACUUAUGCUCCUGGUCCUGGUCCUGUGCCUUCUCCUACGCCUGUGAAUUCAUCAACAAAACAGAUGUUUUGGACAAUGUGCAAUGGAUGCAAGACAAGAAGCGAGUGUCGGAAGGAUCUUUAUCUUAACAAGACCAUGCGUUGUCAAAACUGUGGACAGACUUACAUUGCAACCGAGCAGAAUCCAUGGGACCGUUACGUGAGCUACUUAAACAAAGCACUAUCUGAUCUUCUACAGCGACGACAACAAUGGAGUAGUAGUGCUCAAAAUCAAGCAACGAACACAACCACAAACGUCGGAGCUUCUUCUUCUAUCCCAUUCGUUGGUGCAACCAAGAAUACAUGGGAAAGCUAUGUGAGUCAAGUCAACUAUACACUAUCUCUUGUUGUUCAACAACAACAACAGUGGAUUAAUGCUAAAUAUCAAGCAGCAAACAACAAGACGAACGGAGGUUCUUCUACUUGUGGGACAAGUUAUAUUGAUGCAACUCCACAAGGCAAGUUUGCUUUGCAGCAAGCAUUCUCAACAUUAUCUCUUUAUCUAAAACUACAACAACAAUGGAGUGCCGGUGCAGCAAACAACAAUGGGACGACUCCAUCUGUUAGUGCAACAACCGGGACGAGUGUCCCACAGGCAAGUGUUGUGAGGCCAGGCGUCAACCUCUCAUCAUCAUCAUCAUCUCCUCAACAACAGCAACAACAAUGGGGUGGUGCUAAAAUCCCAAAAGCAAACACAUACACAAACGGAGCUUCUUCUUCUUCUUCGCCAUAUGUUGGUGCAACCGCAACAGCUCCACCUGGAAGUUUUGUGUGGCCUGGUGGCGUCAACCUCUCAUCAUCUCCUCAACAACAAUGUGGUGCCCAAAACACAAGUAGUGGUACUAAUUAUCCUUCAUCAUCUUCUUCAAUGAGAGGUUCUCAACCAUCUGUUAGUGCAACCACGAAAAUUCCACCGGGAAGUUUUGUGUCUCCAGGCGUCAACCACUCAUCACCUCAACAACAACAACAACAACAACAACAACAACAACAAUGGGGUGGUACUUAUUAUCCUUCAUCUUCUUCUAGUAGUGUCCACCACAAGUGUUCAGUGUCAGCACCUUCUAAUAGCGGAAAUGCCGCAAAAAGAGGACUUGAGGAUUCACAAGACGAAACACUUGCUACUAUGGAGAGUUUUUUCAAGAAGCUGAGGAAAGAUGUGGCUUAA